ACCGAGAAGAUCUCUCAGCACCGUUUGACUGCGAGCACGCGGCUUCGUGCAGAAUUAGGUGCGCGUGGAUACUGUUAUUUGACCAUUGGGUCCCACCAUGUUAUCUACUAGUCGAGGGUGUCCCUUGGAUAGUCAUGGUGGUCGUGGUUCGCGCAGAUCAAGUAAGCAAAGCUUGGGACUGCAGAAAAAUAAUUUUCUGUGAAAGUGAGAGGAAGAGAGGGAAAGAGGUAGAGAUGGCGGAUGUUGAGGAUACGUCGACGUUGGUCGUGUUUCCAUGCUUGGUGCGGCAAUCACCUGUCAUCGCAAUUUUAAGCCAAUGCAAGGGACUUGGAAUGUUUUAUACUCUGCCUCGAAGUCGUUUUAGAGAAUAAAUUGGCGAGAAGGGAUUCGUAGAGUGAGUGGAUAGUUUUUGGGACAAUAUGUGUGAAUCGCAGAAGAAAUUUUCAGUGUAGGGCAGCCGUGCACUGUGUAAAUUUCUUGCGAGCAGAGCACGCUGUCAGUCGAAGCAUCCCCGUUGUCGCCCUUUUGUGCACUUCUUGAGAUGGCUAGUUUCGUGUAGGGCGUUUUAAUCGUAGGCUUGGCGAUAGUGGGAGUUUAAUUUAGACAAGAGAGCGGGAAAGAUGAGAAUGAUUCGUCGCACCACAAGGAUUGUAUCAUGUUCUCUCCACUCUCUAUGUGUUUGUUUCCUGUUUUUGAACCUCACGAUCGCUACCGAGGUUCAUCUAUGGCCGCAGCCAAAAGUAGUGGAAUGGGGGGAUGGGCCUGCCAUUGUACUCGCGGACAAUUUCUCUAUCUAUGUGCCUUACAAGGGCGUUCUUAAGCGUGCGGCGAAGCGAUACCAGAAACUCCUCAAUCGAGAGCGAUGGGUUCCGAUCCAAAGCGCCCCGGAAAAUAGGUGGUCGCAAUGUGCAUACGAGUUGGAGAGUCUUAGCAUCUCCGUUACAAAUACCGCAGCGGAGCUCCAGCAUGGGGUGGACGAGUCGUACACCAUUAUGGUGAAGGGGUGUGAGACAAUGAAACCAACUCUGCCGGCAGCCUUGCUCUCGGCGGAGACUGUGUGGGGGGCGUUGCAUGGGCUGGAAACGUUCUCACAGAUCGUUAGACUCCGGAGCCGUGUCACAAAGUCCAAGCGCUCAAUUCCUCAUACGGUGCUCAUCAAGGACUCGCCCAACUUUCCUCACCGAGGAGUUAUGUUGGACACGUCUCGAAACUUCUACCCUGUCAAAUCAAUUAUGCGAACCUUGCAAGCUAUGGCGUACAACAAGCUCAACGUCUUCCACUGGCAUAUCACGGACUCUCAUUCAUUCCCCCUUGAACUUGUUAGUGAGCCAGAGCUUGCUAACCAGGGUGCCUACGGCUCAAAGGAGAGGUACAGCGCAUCUGAUGUGAAUAGGAUCCUCAAGUUCGCUCGCGACCGAGGAGUUCGCAUCAUUCCCGAAAUCGACAUGCCUGGCCAUACAGGAUCCUGGGCCGAAGCUUAUCCUGAAAUCGUUGCAUGCCAUGGCGAGUUCUGGUUGGCACCGUCAGGACAGUGGGAAGACAGAUUUGCAGCAGAGCCCGGCGGGGUUGGACAACUGAACCCCCUGCUUCCGCAGACCUACAAGGUGGUGAAGAAUGUGAUUGACGAAGUUGCCCAUCUUUUUCCCGACGGGUUUUUCCAUGGAGGCGGAGACGAAGUUAACUUUGGCUGCUGGAACAACAAUACUGAUAUUCGAGAGUUUGUGAACGGAGGCGGGAGCAUGAACGACCUGCUUGAGAGGUUUUUGAGGGAAGCUCACUCGUACACCACAACAAAGAAGAAAACGACAAUAUACUGGGAAGAUGUCAUCCUCUCUAGCUCCAUAAACGUGUCGCUUUCGGUUCUGCCUCGUGAGGAAACUAUUCUGCAGACGUGGAACAGGGGGGCUGCGAAUACGAAGCUCUUGGUGUCUGCUGGCUAUCGCACCAUCGUUUCAUCGUCGGACUUUUUUUAUCUCGACUGCGGGCGUGGUGGUUGGGUUGGAAAUGACAGCAGGUAUGACCAACAAGUGGAUGAUGACCCCAAUAAUCGCGUCAACUAUGGCGGUGAUGGAGGUUCAUGGUGUGCACCAUUCAAGACCUGGGCCAGAAUUUACGACUACGACAUUACUUUCAACUUGACGAAGGAGGAGGCUAAGCUGGUGCUCGGUGGCGAGGUGGCCUUAUGGUCAGAACAGGCGGAUGACACGGUGCUGGAUAGCCUCCUGUGGCCUCGUGCAGCAGCCUUGGCGGAGUCUCUCUGGUCCGGCAACAAGGCACCCAACGGGAUGAAGCGGGGAGCGGAGGCUCUCGACAGAUUAAACGACUGGCGGUUUCGCUUGUUGGCAAGGGGCAUCAAUGCAGCACCCCUGCAACCUUAUUGGUGUCUGAAACAUCCUGGGCAAUGUAAUGUAAACGCCUGACAGUAAGGUGACAUGGUGGGUUGUGAGGAGUUGAUCCACUAUUUUCAGUCUGCUUCGCUGUUUAUCUGUAGUUGUUUGCUUCAACUGAAUAGUAAAUCUUAUAAAUGAGGCAUUAGAGUUAUAUUCUUGCCUUCAAGCACAUCGAUAUCCUCCUUCCUGCAGGCUUAAGUAGACUAGGCAAGGGCUGGGAUGUCUUCGGAAGAAGUGAUCAGGAUGUCGAAGUCGCUGAUGGUCCACUCCGCUGUUGCUGGCUGGGAGCUCACGUACACCUCCGUCCCCACGUCGACUGAUGGCCAAACUCUUAAUGCUGGUGGUGUGUCCGGUUCCUGCAUUUAUCAGAGUUUUGUUAGAGACCCUGAUACAAUCUGCUGAAGAUCGCAGAUAGUCACAUUGUAGACCGUCAAACGGUCAUUACGGCUGUCAGUCAUUCUAUAAACAUAUAAUCGUUCAAUGAAAUCGGAUGGUGUCACUCAGAAGACGCGGCUACUAGUCA